AUAUAAUUAUUGCCGUCAUUAUUGCGUCAUUAAUAAGGCGAAGAUCCAGGGUUCGAAUCCUGAGUAUCUCAACAAAUAAAUAAAUCGAAGAACAAAAUGAAUUGGACAAUGUACAAUUUAAAAUAGCAGUACAACAAUUACUAGGCGGGAAAAUCACCAAAUCCCCUUUCCACUCUUCUGCUUUCUCUCUCACGUUCUCACACACAAUCGAGAGAGAGAGAUACAGAGAGAGAAUGGAGAGAAUACACGUGUCAGUAAGAGCUAGGCCACUCUCCCCCGAGGAUGCCAAGGCCAGCCCAUGGCGAAUUUCCGGCAAUUCCAUCUCCAUACCCACCCAACCCUCCAAAUUUGAAUUCGACCAGAUAUUCGGGGAAGAUUGCGAAACUCGAGAUGUAUACAGUGCUCGGACUAGAGAUAUUGUGGCUGCUGCAGUUCGGGGCUUCAAUGGAACUGUUUUUGCAUACGGACAAACAAGUAGUGGAAAAACGCAUACAAUGAGAGGAUCAAGUUCUGAGCUUGGAGUUAUCCCCCUUUCUGUCCAUGAUGUUUUUAACAUUAUACAUCAGGAAAUGGAUCGAGAGUUUCUUUUACGUAUGUCGUAUAUGGAAAUUUACAAUGAGGAAAUAAAUGAUUUGUUAGCCCCCGAGCAGAGGAAACUUCAGAUUCAUGAAAGUAUCGAGCGAGGAAUCUUUGUUGCUGGGCUGAGAGAAGAAAUCGUGGCAUCUGCUGAUCAAGUCCUUCAACUUAUGGAGUUUGGAGAAUCUCAUCGUCAUAUUGGAGAAACAAAUAUGAAUGUCUACAGUAGCAGAUCACACACAAUAUUCCGCAUGAUUAUCGAGAGCAGGGAGAAAACUGGUGAUUCGGAAGCAGAAUUCUCAUGUGAUGCAGUUCGUGUUUCUGUCUUGAAUUUGGUGGAUCUUGCUGGUUCAGAACGUGCUGCAAAGACUGGAGCAGAAGGUGUUCGAUUAAAGGAGGGCUCCCACAUCAAUAAAAGCCUGAUGACCUUGGGAACUGUCAUAAAGAAACUCAGUGAAGGUGCUGAAAGCCAAGGAGGACAUGUUCCGUACCGAGACAGCAAACUCACGCGUAUUUUGCAACCUGCAUUGGGUGGAAAUGCAAAUACUGCUAUGAUAUGCAAUAUUACGCUUGCACAGAUCCAUGCUGAUGAGACUAAAAGUAGUCUUCAGUUUGCUAGCAGAGCACUCCGUGUGACAAACUGUGCUCAUGUAAAUGAGAUUUUGACUGAUGCUGCCCUGCUAAAACGUCAAAAGAAGGAGAUUGAGGAACUUAGAGCCAAAUUGCAGGGUUUACACUCGGAGCAUCUUGAAGAAGAAAUCUUGAACCUGCGAAAUACAUUGCUAAAGAGUGAAUUGGAUAGAGAAAGAAUGGCUCUAGAGCUGGAGGAAGAAAAGAGAACUCAGGCUGAACGAGAGAAGAUAUUGCAAGUGCAAGCCAAGAAAAUCGAGAACUUGAGUUCUAUGGUAUUCUGUGCAAAUAGAGAAGAAACCGGUGAUGACUAUAAAAAGGAAAAACGGCGUGAUACCUGGUGCCCUGGAAAUCUUGGAAGGAAAAAAAUAAAAGAGUUGCCUACUGCGGUUAAAGAAAACUCUUCCCAAGUCAAACCAAGAAGAGCAAAUUGCACAACGGGGCCUCUUCUUCCUUUUGAAGAGUUGGUAAAUGAAACAAGUACUUCUGAACUUCACAAACAAGAUCAAGAUUGUAAAAAGAGUGCUUUGGAGGACUGUAUUCUUCCUGACCCACAUGCUUUGCUGCACGUUACCAGUCGGAGAAAAGUUCCAUCAAAAAGAAGUUUACCAAUGGAGAGCAACAACUCAGUUGAAAUGCAAGCGGAAUACGAAAAUUUGCUCUUAGAAUUCGAAACUCAUAGGAUGAUGAGUGACAUCAAAAUUGAUUACUUGAUGACGAAGCUUGUUGAGGCCGAUCUUCUUGUGGAUGAGAAAUGCAGAGAGUGUGCUGCAAAGAACAUCAAUCCUGUAUCUAAUCCAGAGGAAAAUAGCAGUCUGAGGGACUUGGAUGCUAUUCUUGUGAUCAAGCAACUUCAAGAAAAGAUUGCAGCUUUAGAGAUGGAGAAGUCCUCGAGCCAAAAAAAUCUAGAUUGUAAAUCGGGCUUGAGAACUGAGCAGACUGUAUCUGCACAAGAGAAAUGUGAAACGCUUCAUGAUGAACUUAUGCUUGCACAAGAAGGAGCAACUCUAGCUAGUGAAAACCUUGCUUCAACAGUGUCUAGCAUGGAAGAAUCUGAUUGGUUGAUCAGUUUAUUAGCAGAAUCCGAGGAAUUAAAGAAAGAGUUUGAAAGUUCAAAACAACUUGUGGUUUCUCUCUCUUCAGUUGUGGACGAACUUUUCAGUUUCUUGCCAAACCUGCUCGAUCUUAAACCUUCAGUUUCGCAAAGUUUGGUUCAAAUAGAAUCGAUUGUUAAGAGCCAUGAGAAGGUGCAGUCUUGCUUGAGAGACAAAGUUCAUAAGCUUGAGGAUGAGAAGCUUUCUCUUUACGAUCAAGCUUCAGAGCUUCGUACUAGGAUAGAAGAAUUAAGUUCAGAAGUUCAGAAUUCUACGAACGCAUUAGUGGAACUAAAUGAGAAACACGAAGAAGAAAAGGCUGAUGUGUUAUGUCAUCUUGAAAUGCUCCAAAGGGAAAAUCAAUCUUUAUCAUCUUCUUCUUUGGCAAAAGAAAAGGAAAGUAUCAGAAAAGAUUUGGAAAAAACAAAAUUAAAGUUAAAAGACACGGAGUCCAAGCUCAAGAAUGCAGUGCAGGAGAAAACUAAGCUUGAGGGUGAGAAAUCAUGUGCAGAGAGAGAACUUAAAAGACUACAAAAUCAAAAAGCUAAGAUUGAACGUGAUAUGAGCAAACGUGAAUCUAUUAUUGGAAAAAUGCGCGAUCCAACGACUGAUAGGAGCUCGAACGUGUUUGAUCAAAAGCGAGCAAAGGGCUCUGCUGCUUUGGCUGAACUGGAGGAGUACAAGAAGCUGGAAGUGCUUGCUUUUGAGAUGGAGAUCACAAUUGCAUCUUUAGAAGAACAACUGGCAAUGGCAAACGAUGAAAAGGAUAUAUCCACUUCCAGAGCUGAGGAAUUGGCUUCCGAUUUGCAGGCAUUGUCUGACGAAUUGCACUUGUCAAAGUCGGAGUUGACUACACUGAGGGAAGAAGUUCCAAUUCUUAGAAGAAGUUUGGAAGAAUUUAGCUUUCAUGCUCAGAAAAUGGAAAGUUCUCUUCAAACUUUGUCGGAAGAAAAGGAGGACUUGUCGAUGCAACUCACUGAAGCCCUUAUGACAAUGGAAGAGGAGAAAGCAAUAUGGUCAUCCAAGGAGAAAGCUUCGGUAGAGGUCAUUGGAGUAAAGGAAAAACAAUAUACUGCUGAAAUCGCUUCGUUAUCUAAACAAUUGUCAGAGGUAUCAAAGUUAAAAGACGAAUUAGAGCAGCAGAGUGAUAGAAUUGCUAGCAUGGAAGGCAAGAUGCACAAUGAUCAAGUUCAGUACAACUUAGAGAAGGCGAAACUGAGAAUGAGACUGAGGGGAGCUCAGACGAAACUGGAUACUUUUCGUGUUAGAUACGAAGAGUCUGUAGAUGAGUUGGCGUACAUGAACCGUAAAUUUGGAGAGGCUUCAUCAAAUCUCAAGAAACAAUUAGCUUCAUACGGUAUCGAAAUCCUUAAUCUUAAGAAACAACUUGCCGGCUUUAAAGGACAAUAACACAAUAAAUAAACAACUUUCGAGCAUUGUCGAUGGAAUUUAACCUUUUCACCAAUUAUUUAUUGUAAAUUUUAUCCCCUGAAAGUUGUUUUUGGCUUUGGAAAAGAAUUUAAGGCUGUAAAUUGUAAUGCAAUAAUUUUCUUAUUUAUCUCAAUGAAAAUUUGACUAAGUUGUCAUUUC